GUCGUUUUCAGAGAUCGAUGGAUCAAGAGUUCUCCAUUAUUGAGGCAUCAAAACAAUGAUAUUUUCCCACAAUGAUAGAAGUCUAUACCAAUUGAUGGGGACUCGUGUUUCAUCCUGCCCUCCGUCCAAUUUCACCUCGCUUCAUAUCGCUUCACAUCUUCCAGUUGCUUCGUGCGAUUGUCCUGUGCUUCACGAAACCCACAGCUGCCCUCGUUACCAUCAUCCGAAUUUUAUUGAUGCAUUCUGCCGGUCAGCUCGACUUUUCGUUCUUUACCUGCAUGCUACGCGAAAUAUUGUACACAUAUAAUUGUGCCCUCGAUUCAUCGUCACUCCCUCUCCGAUAGCGAUCUUCUCGAACGCUGCGUGAUGGAUCCAGACGCUGAGACACCUUCGUCGAAGACGAGAUCUUCCCCUUCGCUGUCACCUUCUCCCAGCCUUCUUCCCGUCUCAGAUACCUCCAGUCUACGGUCCUGCUCAGGAAUCUCAUCUACUUCAGAUAUCUCCUCAUCCUCAAGCGUGUCUUCUGCUUCUCGAACCACAGGCAAUCCACGCCGCAGAGGAUAUGUGCGUCCGAGUGGUGGCACCUUUUCCGACUCGGCCGUAAAACGAGAAAGCGUCAUGAGCCUGGGCACCAUUGCACAUCUCCAGUACUACUUCUCAAGGACGGGGUUGUUGGACGGCAAAGGAGGUCAGAUGGCAAAGAAGAAGCAGAAUGGAGAAUACAAUAUACCCAGAUCGUCACUAUCUAUGAACCAAGAGGUCGUCGAGUCCCCCAUAGAUGACGAGGGGCAAGCGAUGUGGGAAGCCGCUCAGGAACACGGUCCAGAUGUGAUGCUCCCACCGACAGUCUCGACGUACAGUCAUCGACCGAACACUGUUGCCCCACCUCCAGAUCAGAAAGCGAUGAAAAAGGAAUUGGUGGAAGCCUUAGAGAACGCAUUGCAGGCUGUCGAGUCUUGUGAACGCUCCUCCAACGAAAGCCCUGAAGACCAAACACAAGGAUUUUAUGAAAUACAAGGUCUGCAUGUGCUUGAUACUGCUACACAGGCCAUUCGUGCAGCCAGGCUGUACUAUACCCUACACCCAGAUCCACAAAAGCUGAAUUCAAUCAAGUCCGAUCAGGAGUUGCGACGAGAUUUACAUUCCGUGCUGGAUGUCUUGAAGCGAUGUGCAUCAAGGAAUUUCGCUGGGGGUUUCAAAGAGGACGAGAGAUUGGCUGUGUUGAUCUGGGUCAGCGAUGUUGGCAUGAUGAUUGAUCAAGAAGCGAAAAUGGAAGAAGCCGAAAGGAACGAAAGGAGAGAUUGGCACUGGAUGGACGAUUCGAGAUGGGUCAACAGGGCCGAGGAGCGCGAUAUCAACUUCCUUGAUUUUCUUCUUGCCGGGCACUGUCGGAAAUCUUCCGAGCAGACUCUCGACAAUUCUCGCUCCUACUUCCGGAACCUUGGGGACGGCAGAGAUCUUGUGCGGAUGCAUAAUGCGGCAGUUCAGAGAUCCAAGAAACAUUUUGACUACAUCAAGAGCUUCCACGAGGAUGUGGCUAAGCCAUACCGGCGAGCUGAUAACAUUCGAUACUGGCUGAAGGCAGCGGAGUUGCGGUGGGAAAUGCGACUCAGGCUGGACGUCAUGGCUGUGGCAAAUGCUGUGGACGACGAUCCAGUAUGGUCAGCAUUUGAAGACGUCGUCCGACAAUGGAGUCGAGGAGUCCGCGCAGAGUUGACCAAGGAUUGGAAUGGCGAGGAAGAGCGCAGAUUGCAUGCUCGCGCUCGAAGUCUGGCACAAGCCAGCCCACUGUCAAGUCCUACAAGGAGAAGUCCUCCUGUUUCCGCACUCAACAGUCCAUCGAAAAGGAUGCACGUCGCCAGUCCCUUGGGCAGUCCGUCCAAGCGAUUUACAAGCGCCAAUCUGCCAGAGAGCCCAAUCCGGAAAACAGCCAUGGCUUCUUGCGAGGAGGAAGGUUGAUCCGACGUAAUAUCGGUCAGUUCAGAGGACGAUAUUUGUUUCGAACAAUGUUCGAGUGCAUCAUGAUACCCACGCAUUAUUCAUCAGCGGGCGUGAUUUUCAGAGUCGGCGUUUAAGAUGUUCCAGCGACUUGCCGGACGUUAUAUUGGUCAAAGCCACAUGUGUUUUGUACAGUGUGGUAGACUUUGUUUGGGACUCAUUGAGUACCUAGGUCCUACUCCGAUACCUUUUCAUAAUCGGCUGAUAUUACAUUCCAGAGUUAUGCCAUUAACUCUUUCAUAUAAUGCCGUCCAGAUAUUCAUCAGACACAUGGUAUACUAUACUCCAAUGAGAUACUCACUCUUGACACUUACGGCACUUUUGCAUGAAGAAAAUCUCCAAUUGCAUUGUUGUUUAUUGA